AUGAUUCAAUUCCAGGUUAGUUCAGCAUUGGGUGUAGGACCGAUCCUUGGCCCGGCUCUAGGAGGUUUCAUGGCGCAGGAAACAUUGCAUAAGCAUGAUGAAAAGAAGAUUUCAGGUAAUGAUUCUUAUGAUGAUUUGGAAGCUGCAACUGCUAGAUCCAAUGAAGAUGAAAUGAGAACGUACGAUGAAGGAAGGAAACCAAGUAGUAAGGCAAGCUUUUUAAAGAAUUGGCCUUUGAUGUCAUCCAUCAUCGUCUACUGUGUUUUCUCACUUCAUGAUAUGGCUUACACGGAGAUAUUCUCAUUAUGGGCUGAAAGCUCUAGAAAGCUUGGAGGCUUGGGCUAUACGACUGAGGAUGUUGGUGAAAUUCUGGCAGUUACAGGUAUGUUGGAUCAGAACCAAAGAGGAGCUGCUAAUGGCAUUGCUAUGACAGCAAUGCCUGUUUUCAAAGCCAUCGGUCCAGCUUGUGGCGGUGCUGUAUUAUCUUGGGCACAAAAGCGUCAAAAUGCUGCAUUCCUUCCAGGUGUUAUAUCCGACGAUUUCUGCAUUGCUAUAAAUCGACCUGACAUUUUGGUCAUGGCAGAAGAGUAUAGAGAGGCAUUGUUGAAGAAGGAAAAUUACUAUGAGAAUUGCCCAGGAUGUAAGGUUGUUCGACUUAAAGAGUCGAAGAAAGGAUUCCCAUUUCGCGAGAUUGUAUCAAUAUGGAUUGUUCCCUGGUGGAUCAGAAUUAACGCUAUGAUUCAAUUCCAGGUUAGUGCAGCAUGGGGUAUAGGACUGGUCAUUGGCCCAGCUCUAGGAGGUUUCCUGGCGCAGGAAACAUUGCAUGUGCACAAUGAAAAGGAGACUUCACCAAAUGAUUCUUGUGAUGCUUUGGAAGCUGCAACAGAUGAUGGAAAAAGGACACCAACUUCUAAGGAAAGCCUUUUAAGGAAUUGGCCCUUGAUGUCGUCCAUCAUUGUCUAUUGUAUUUUCUCACUUCAAGAUAUGGCUUACACAGAGGACUAG